AAUAAACAUUGUCAACAAUACACUUCUUUGUUUUACGGAUUAAUUUGACAUUAUUUGAAAUUGUAAUAGAAAAUUUUUUAAAAAUUCAUCUGACAUUUCUAUGAUUAUAACAGACUUUUUGUCGAAAUGCUUCACAGUACUCUCCUUAAGAAGCUGAACGUAAAUUACAUUUUGUAUUCCCAUGUUGCUGCUAAAACCGUGCGACAGUCCUUGAAACAGGAGUUACUGAAAAGCGCACGCGGUCGUGAUGUGACCUCCAUAAAGCUUUUUAAUUUUAAAGAUGGUGUGAAAGGUGAAGAAUUGUUUCCAUUGGAAGUGACACCGCAAGAAGAAGACAAAAAAGUAUUACAAAAGGCUAGUAAUUGAAAGAAAUAUAACAUUUUUUAUAUAAAUUAUUUGAUGUUAAUAUAUUGUAUUU